AAACACUGUUAUCUUAUUCGAAUCCGGAACGGCGGCGGCAACCCCUUCGCCUCUGGUCUCUCCCUCUCUCUCUUCUUCUUCUCCUUCUUCUCUCUCUUCUUCUUCCUUCUCUCUUCCCCCUUCUUCGUGUCAUUCUCAGACCGCCUUCACUCUGUUCUCAAUCACAUAAAAGAUUUGCAACGGCGGAGCUUCCCCUUAUCCUCACUCGAAUCUGGCGAUUUCUCAGUCGUUUUCAGUCCUACUAUCCUUCCCAAUUUCUUUUACCCACUAUUUCGUUGGGAUUUUUAACGUUUGGGUCAUUGGCCGAAUCCCCUGCGUCCUAUAAACUCGCCGUUCGAACAGAAGAAGCUACAGCAGGGGCGAUCGGCGAUUUCGUCAUCAGUCGAGAAUAACCCGGUGACCGGCGAUUCCCGUCCUUUCACUUCCAUUAGUUUGCAUACAGCCAUCCACGAAGUUCAUCAUUGUGCGGGGGCGAACAAUCCGAAGCCGAAACAGAUUGAACCCCCCUGUUCGCUGAACGAUUUCAGGCCCAAACAUCUACAGUUGGAACUUGAAGGAGGGAGACCGCCGAUAGAGCUGGUAAGGAGGUUUCCCCAAACCAGCUCCGGUAAACUCUCAGCCCCGAUUCAGCCCAGUAACCAUUCAUUUCUCAUGCUGUAUUAAGUUAUUUUUUCAUGUUUCAAUGAAUGUUAAUCCACCGAACCCUAGCCCAGAAUCAGAUGCACCCACCUUUCACUGCACAUCGGCGUCCAUGAACGCGGAAGCCGCCGGCGGCGAAAGAAAUCAGUCGGCGGUCAUCAUCGUAGUUUUUGGCAAAUCUAAAAAGAAAGGGAAGAAAAGAGGAUUUAAUGGAACCAGAACCUGUUGAUACUAAACAUGCUAUUCCUAGGAAGGUCAGAUAUGCACCAAAAGCUCCUCCUCGUAGAGCACCCAUUCCCGCUGCACCUAAAAUUGAAGAAGUUGAGGAUGUAAAGGCUUUUCAAACAAGAGAGUUACUGCRGCGUGUCAAUGAAAGUUCUGUUAAUGGAAGGCCUAAAAUGGAAAGAAAAUCAGGACCUGCACAAGUUGCAUUUGGUUUUGGACCUUCAUCAAAUUAUUUUAUGUCAUAUGGCUCUUCAAAAGUUGGUAGUAGUAGUAAAUAUCAAGGUUUGGGUUCUGAUGAUGGAGUUCAUUCAUCAGCACGUAGAAUGGAGAAAGAAUACAAAGAACCCUGGGACUACUACUCUUACUAUCCCGCUGCCCUUCCUUUGAGAAGGCCAUACUCAGGAGACCCAGUACUUCUUGAUGACGAGGAAUUCGGGGAGGCUUCAGAAGAAAUUGCUUAUGAUGAAAGUUCUGUAAAGUUAGCUACAGAGCUUGACUUAAUGGAAGAGAAUAAAGAAGCAAGGAUGAUCUUCCUUCAGCUACCGUCAUCUUUGCCCCUAGUUAAGCGGUCAGCUACAACAAACAAUGAUGGAACCAAUAGUGGUUUGAAACAAUUCAGAGGUGGGGUUUCUUCAGAAAAGCCCUGCAAAUUGGAAGAGUUGCCUGUUGGAUUCAUGGGUAAAAUGCUAGUAUAUGAAAGUGGUGCCAUUAAGCUGAAGCUCGGGGAUACCCUAUAUGAUGUUUCUUCGGGCAUGAAUUGUGUUUUUGCUCAGGAUGUUGUUGCAAUCAAUACUGAAGAGAAACACUGCUGCAUUCUUGGCGAGCUCAACAAGCGUGCUGUCAUAACUCCAAAUAUUGACUCGAUCUUGAAUAGUAUGAUCGACUCAGAUUAGUUUUUGCUUGGUUACAAGAGAUUUUGGCUUCAUGAAAGAAACUCAAGAUUUAAUAGUUGAGGAAAAUUGUAUACCAGCUUCGUAGUGCCUUGUUUCUACCACAGUAGUAGAAUGGACUUGUUACAGAAAGCCAUGACAUUUCUUCUUCCUUAAGCUAUAUCAUUCUUUAUUCCUUAACCAUAAAUAAUAAAAGUUAGAAGUCAUUCAUUUGAUUCA